AUGGAAAACCACCAGAUUGGCAGCAGACCUUCUGUUCACCGGUCCUUCUCCUCGAGUGGGGUAGUGACAGAUACGUCCCACAGAUCGCGGAUGGAUGCGGUGCUGUUCGAAGCCAAGACUGAGGUGUUUUCAGUACUUAGGACUAUUCUUCCUCCUCCGCAGCGUGGUGGCACCGAUGUGGGGCCCUGUAGUGUUCAGAGCCGUGGUGACGACGGCAUGGUUCAGGGGAGCGUGCCACACAAGGGUCCCUCCUCUACUGCGGGACUUGUUGUUAUUCCUGAUGAGGCCACCCCAGACGCUGCGGGGUACUUGCGUCGAGUGAGAGAUAGUCAUCGCACAGGCGAGGUUCGGAGUGGAGUCACAUUGCCAGGCGGCGAACAACAGAGACCCGCUCUGCUCUCCAUGAAGGAAAUAGCAGUGUUUGCUGAACUGUACCACAUAUUGGAGUGCGAGGACGGCGUUCUGCUUCUGCAACUCAUGGCAGAAUUGCGGUGCCUUGUCCUUACACCGGUGAAAAGACUCGCUGGUGAGACGAUCCCACCGUCGGAGGGUGGUAUUGGGAAUGCGGUCUCACAGCUUCUUCUGACACUCUCCAGCCUUGGGCUUGUUGAGGAACGCGUUCUGCAGCGUCUCACAAGCCCUCGGGGUCCAUUUCUGUCCCCGGCACAGCUUGCGCAUCAAGCCGCAGGCGAUCUCGUCCGUCUUCUUGUUGCAUUCCACCGUUUCGGACUUCACCAUGAGCCGUGCUUCAAAGCGGUAGUAAGGGUGCUGAAGUGGCGAUCGCUGCGCAACCCGUUAAGGUCCUGCGUAGAAACUGUUUUUGCGCAGAGUAAUGGAGAUGUGUUGGGUGGUGGUGUUCCUGAGGCGGAUAUGGUCCCUGUAUGCAUGGCCGGGCUCAGUGUGAAUAACUUGUUGGAAGCCAUGGCGGCCAUUGCGCUUAGUUUACACCGGGAGAGGGCCGUAGUGGAACUCCUUGCUGCGACAGUGGUAGCUGCGGUGUGGAACGAUGAGAGGAUGUUUCUUGAUUCGGCUGCAGGUCGGGUAAGCGCACAGCACGAUCAUGUUUUGGUGUUUCGCACGGUGCAGGUGCACCGCGCCGCAAAGACGUGUGAACAGAUGGAGCUCGGGCAAGCUUCUCUGGCCCAUCUGCUACAUCGAUUGUCCAUUUGCUACAGUGGGCUUCUCGUGAACAACGGGGAGGACCCGUUAAGCCCAGAGCGAGUUGGGUUCUACGACUCUGUCACUGCAGACCUAGUGAAGGUGAACCGCAGCUGA